AUGCUAAACAAUUCACGAGAUCAAAUCGCCGAACUGAAAGCAGCCACUGAUGCUGCUGUUUCCGAAGCAACCGAAGCGCUACAAGGCAUCAAAACAACCCGAAGCAAUGUCAAAGAGCUUACUAGUCUGGUCCCAAGUCUUGUGAAUCAAUACGAUCAAAUGCGCUAUGCGGCUGGAAAUCGUUCUGCAAAAGUUGAAGCAUGUAAUGAGAAACUUUCUUCGAUUAAGGAAAUGAUUGCUGUGGCUAGAGAUGCUGCUAAUAGGAUCAAACUCGGCGCGCACUUUGAAAAAGGAAGCUCUUUGGAUUUGCCUAUGCCACAAAAAGUAGCAAAA